ACUGUAAACAUGGCGUCUUACAGCUAGGCUCCAACGCACCGAUGACAAGUUGUUCCAUUCCCCUCAGCCCGUGUUCCUUGCAGAAACCCGAAUUAAAUAUCAGGUUUGACAAGGUUGCACAAACAUGAUUAUCAUCAACUCUUGUCUAUGACGAUGGGGGAGCUGUGUAGUGGUGUACUAUUGUUUGGAUCAGAAAUAACAUGAAACUGAGUAAUGCUAGUGAUGGCGGUGCUACUGAAUGUGAGAAUGCACGUGCUGUAGGGGAGAUGACGAACCCAAGAGGGGAGAUGACGAACCCAAGAAAAGAUCCCGUAUUUGUCAUUCCCCAGUUUGUACACAACCAAAGCGAGUUUGUCUGUGGUUGGGGUGCCGCCCUCGUCAACAUAAGCACAACGUUUCCCAUCAACAAAGUUAUGUUUCGCCAGCAGCUGUAUGGUGUGCGUGUCUGGCGGGCCAUGGGGCAACUAAAGAAAGAAGGACUUCGGAACCUGUAUCGGGGAUUUCUCCCGCCUCUCCUACAGAAAACCACUUCCAUGUCGCUUAUGUUCGGCUCCUACUACAAAAUACAGAGAAGAUUAAAACAAGAGUUUCCUGAUCUUUGGACACCUGUCAAUCGUUCAUCUGCAGCUAUCAUGGCUGGGAUUUUCGAAUCUGUUUUGACGCCUUUUGAACGUGUUCAGGUUCUUAUGCAGGACCGAAAGUAUCACAGCCGAUUCAAUAACACAAUUCAUGCCUUCAAGGAAGUACGGUUGUUAGGGUUGAAAGAGUUCUACCGCGGACAGUCUGCCGUUCUAUACAGAAAUUGUUCCAGCAACAUCGUCUUUUUCCUGAUGCGGGAUCAUUACAUGGAAGCUUAUCCUCGGGCAAACUCUGAAUACGGGCAAAUUGCGGUAAACUUUUUUGGUGCUGCUUUUCUAGGUGCUGCAAUCAGUACUGCAUGCUACCCCGUGAAUGUUGUUAAGGUCCGAUUACAGUCGAAUUUAGGUGGUAAGUUCUACGGAUUUUGGGAAAUGUUCUUUGUUGUGCUUAAGGAAAGAGACUACAGUGUUCGCAAACUCUUCCGUGGUGUACAUGUCAACUAUACAAGGUCCUUUAUCACCUGGGGGAUCAACAAUGCAGUGUAUGAACUUCUGAUGAAACACGUGUUUAACAGAUCCAUACAUGAUGAGGAAUCCUAGCAUUGAAAUAUUCUGAAGCUGAAAUACUCAUUUAUGAAAAGGUGAUCAGAGUAGAAUGCAGAACAUUGAUAUAUGUUUUUCUUUGGGGCAUUUGAUAUAAACACAACACAGAUGCAGGGAUAAUCCUGGAAGGGGCCAUGGGGCCAUUGACACCUCAAAACUGAAAUAGACCUCUCCAUGUUCCAAUUUUCUAAAAAUUGCUGAAAUUGCCCACUGCUCUCAAAUUCCAGGAUUUUCCCUACAUAUGUUUAUAUAAAAGUAGCAUAAAUAUAUAUGUGCACAUGUAUGGAAAAGUCAAUUUUAAGAAGAGGGUACCUGAAUUAAUACAAUGUAAAAUGUAUUUACUUCAAACAUUAUACAUUAUGUAAGUAUUAAUUACUAAACAGAUAAUUAGCAUCAUAUUAAAUAUGACCAGUAGCACUGUUGAUUGGCUCCAGGCUUUAAUUUAUAUUCAAGAGGUCUGGGGAUUAAAUCCCUUCUAGUGUGGUGAAAGUGCUUUUGUGAAAAUAUGAUACAAAUGAAGAAGGCAAACACUGAGCUAGUUCGAGCUCUUCUGUGUUGGAGUUACAAUACAGAGUGCUAUGACUCUCUAUAACCAUAGCAAGUAUUUAUAACUGAAAUAUAUAGGUUUUGUCACUCAACCAAAUCGUUUUAAUUUUAAAUAGUUAAUUUUGGUGUAAAAUGGCAUAAUUGUUUUUAUUUUGAGCUACAUGAAUAUACAGGUAGUUCCCAAUUUACCUCAGCUACCUGAUGAAACUCAUGAUGAUAUCUAUGAAUUAACUUACUAAAUGGACAUAGAUUAUAGUAAUAAUUUAAUCAUUUCCUCCUGGAUGCAUAUAUCUACAAUAAAUUAAAGUCACAAUUUUUUGCAGUAGGUCAUUUAUUUAACAAAUCCUGUAAAAAAUUGCUGUGCUACGUGAUGUAUCAUUUUAGCGUUGCAAAUGAAUCAAAUUAACCAAACAUGAAGACUAGCAGGGCUUCGAUUCCAUUUCAUUCCCACUUAGACACGUGUCUGGUUUUCAUAACUGAAUAAAAUGAAAUAUUUCCAAUGUAAUUUGAGUAACAGGCAAUCAGGCAUGUAAAACAAACUAUUUGUUAACUAGGUAUUAGUUAAUGUAUACUACUUGUUGAAAUGUGCUUGUUUAUAUUUGGUUUAAAAAGUUUCAAGUCAUAUAAUAAUAAAUAAUUUGAGGUUCUUAUACACUCCUUUAUCACAAGCUAUUUCGUAGGUCAUCUCAUGAUCAAAGCGGUUCACAUAUUAUUUUCCAUGGUUAUGUGGCCUUUGCAACCAGCAAAUAUCUUUCUCAACUCCCUGGUAUACAUUCGGUGCUGACAUUUCGGCGCUAACAGCUGG